GCUUCCUUCAGUAGUAUCUUCGUCUGCUUUGGUUCAUAAUCUGUUUGCAGAGAAAGAAAAACAAUGGCGAGCAACGCGAUUCGAUUCUUCCCACUGAACACUGGAGCUCAGAUCCCUUCCGUUGGCUUGGGAACAUGGCAGUCUUCUCCCGGUGUCGUUGGCGACGCCGUUGCUGUUGCCAUCAAGGCUGGUUACCGGCAUAUUGAUUGUGCUCAUAUAUAUGGCAACGAAAAGGAGAUUGGUUCAGUACUGAAAAAGCUGUUUGAGGAGGGUGUAGUGAAGCGUGAGGAUUUGUGGAUUACCUCUAAACUCUGGAAUGCUGAUCAUGAUCCAGAAGAUGUGCCAAAAGCAUUAGACAGAACUUUGAGAGACUUGCAGCUUGAUUAUGUGGAUUUAUACCUUAUCCAUUGGCCAGCUUCCAUGAAGAAGGGAUCUGUGGGCUUUGGUCCCGAAAAUCUUGUGCCACCCAACAUACCUAGCACAUGGAAGGCAAUGGAAGAACUCUACGACUCUGGCAAGGCUCGAGCUAUAGGUGUAAGCAAUUUCUCAUGCAAGAAGCUGGGGGACUUGCUGGAGGUAGCACGCAUACCUCCUGCUGUCAACCAGGUAGAAUGUCAUCCUUCAUGGCAGCAGGACAAACUGCGGGCUUUCUGCAAGUCCAAGGGUGUACACCUCUCUGGAUAUUCUCCAUUAGGUUCUCCCGGGACAACCUGGCUUCAGAGUGAUGUUCUGAAGCAUCCAACCCUGAACAUGAUUGCGGAGAGAUUAGGCAAGACUCCUGCACAGGUAGCUCUUCGUUGGGGACUGCAAAUGGGUCACAGCGUGCUUCCUAAGAGUACAAAUGAAGCAAGGAUAAAAGAGAACUUUGAUGUUUUUGACUGGUCGAUACCUGAGGACUUGUUUGAGAAAUUUUCUGCGAUUACACAGGCAAGAUUAAUCAGGGGUACUACAUUUGUCCAUGAAACUUAUGGAGUAUACAGAUCUAUUGAGGAAUUCUGGGAUGGUGAAAUUUGAGCAUUAGGCUGAAUGACCAAUUGGACAAGCCGAAGGAAGAAGAGUGAAGUUUCUUUUGGCCUUUUGAGUGAGUAGGAGUAGGGGCUCUGGGAAAGUGGAGAUUUGUAGACUCUCUUCAAUUUCUCAGCAAAACCGGUCCUUAAAUACGUUUGAUCAUUGGCUGCAAUUUCUGUUUAUGGAUUAUUGGAUGACUAAUGUGGUUAGUCUUUCAACAACUGCAUGAUUUAUUGAAAGAUUACAUUGUGACCCCUGACAAUGUGUCUGGAGUCUAAUGUGAACUAUAUGACCCCUGAAUAAAUAUUAUAUGUAUAAUGUAUAUA